GUGUGUGUGUGUGUGUGUGUGUGUGUGUGUGUGGCACGGAAGAAAAAGCCGCAAACACGCUGAUGUAGAGUUAUCUGGCCGGAGGAGAUGUUCUCAUGGAGCUGGUCAGCCCGACAGCGUCUCGUCUGCGUUUGACUUCACCAUGCACUUCAGGAGCUUAGUAAGAUGCGUGUGUGUUGCCAGAUAAUCAUUUUGCUUCUCGCCUGCAACUUCUGCGCCUUCGUUUAUACUCAGGAUCCCUCCUGCUGCCAUCAUGCCGUGGAGCUCCCCCAGUGUAAAGAUGCGUGCGACCAGCUUGCAACUAUUAGAAGUGAAUCCCGUCUAAGGUAUCUACUCCCACGUUUACCGAGUUACUGUCCCGAGUCUAUGAAUGAGCUUUGGAUCUGCAUUAACUCUACAUUACCUGGGGCAUCAAGGAAAUCUGAAGGAUGGGUCGGCCUCGGCUGCUGCGAGCUGGCCAUCUCGGCAGAGUGCCGCAGGGAAUGCAAAAAGGCAUCAUCUAGAAAUGAUAUCUCAAAAGUAUGCAGAAAAGACACAGAGAAACCACUUUACAGCUGUAUCACCAAAAAUGAAAUGGGCUCGGUGUGCUGCAGCUACGCAGGGAGACACACUCACUGCCGGGAAUAUUGCCAGGCCAUCUUCCGCACAGACUCCUCACCCACCGUGUCUCAGAUCAACACUGUCAAGGAGUAUUGCCAGAGCAUUAGCCCUCAGCUCAUGAGCUGCGUGGCCAACUAUACCAAAUCAUAUCCGACUAGGAGCCCGAUUGAUAGCCUGUACUGUUGCGACCGGGCUGAGGAGACACACUGCCAGACGGCAUGUAAACGGAUCCUGCGCACCAUGAACACCGAGCAAGAGAUCAUGGAAGGUCUGAUUGAAGAGUGUGGAAGCCAGCCCCUCCCCCAGGACCCACUGUGGCAGUGCUUUCUGGGUAGUGCUCACCCUCCGGCCAAAAGUGACCCAGAGACCUCCCCAACAGCCAAGAUGGACUGUGCCAAGCUCCAUUGCUGCUCCAAAGCGAAUUCCUCACAGUGCAGAGUUAUGUGCCAGGAGAUCAGCACCAACUGGGGAACUCAGACAUGGCAGGAGUUUGACCAGGUCUGUGAGUACAGCCCUGUGGAAACUGAUCUCAUCACUUGCCUGGCAGAUGUGCGGGAACCGUGCCAACUGGGCUGCAAAGAUCUUACCUACUGCACCAACUUUAACAACAGGCCAACUGAGCUCUUCCGGAGCUGCAACAUCCAAUCUGACCAGGGUGCGAUGAAUGACAUCAAACUUUGGUCCAAUGGAACCAUAAAGAUGCCUCUGAUGAACAUCCCAGUGUUGGACAUCAGAAAGUGUCGGCCCGAAAUGUGGAAAGCUGUGGCCUGCGCACUCCAAAUCAAACCCUGCUUCAGCAAAUCAAGAAGUAGUGUCAUCUGCAAGUCUGACUGCGUGGACAUCCUGACCCACUGCGGUGACUUUUCACGCUUUCCUGACACCCACACACCAGAGCGCAUCUGUGACCUUCUGUCUCCUACUGAUGACCCAGAGAGAUGCAUUCCUCUGCAGAGAUACCUCACUCCUAGUCCUUUUGAAAACACCAUCGAGGAGGUCAUCCAUCCCUGUAAUCCUAACCCAUGUCCCAGCAACCAUCUGUGCGAAGUGAACAGAAAGGGCUGUCAUCCAGGACAAGACUGCUCUCCGUUCUUCUGUGUGCCUGGAUGCAAACUGGGCGAGGCUUCCGAGUUCCUAGUGCACAUGGAUGCUCGGAUCCAGGUUCCGGUGCGCAGCGGACAGGCAGGCUGUUUUGAGGUGUGUACCUGCGGGCAAAGUGGACGACUGGAAAACUGUGCCGAGAUGCCCUGUGUGGACACCACCAAAACCUGCACCGUCGGAGGACAGAGGAAAAGUCAUGGAGCAUCAUUUAAGGUGGACUGUAAGUCCUGCUUUUGCUACGCUGGAGAAACCAUCUGCCCCAAACAACAGUGCCCGAGUCUCGACAGCUCAGUCGAGUCCCGCCGGGCAUAUACAGGUGUUCCAUGUGGCUGUCCUGAUCAUUUUGUUCCAGUGUGUGCCCAUAAUGGCCGAACGUACCCCAGUGCUUGUGUGGCACGCUGUAUGGGCUUCCGAGACAAUCAAUUUGUGUUUGGCUCGUGCAGGAGCACAGGACCCUGCUCACCCAACCCCUGCCAGAGAAACCAGAGGUGCAUCCCGAAAGAGCGUGUGUGUCUGACAAAUACAACAGAUUACCCGUGUCUCCAGUACCAGUGUGUGGGCCGUCCUUCUGGCUGCGAUUCGAACCAGCUGGAUCCAGCCUGUGACACGGACAACAUGGAGCACACCAACUUGUGUCUGCUGUACCAGAGCGGCAAAACCCUGGCGUAUAUGGGUCACUGUCAGGAAGCAUGCAGGGUAACUCGGGAAGUGUGUGGACACAACGGUGAGACGUAUAACACAGUGUGUGAGGCGUUUUCUGACCGCGUAGCUGUGGAUUAUCAAGGUCGCUGCCAUGCUCUGGGCUCCGUGUCAGGCUUCCCGUCUGAUUCAGGCUGCAAUGCUGUGCCCUGUCCUCCCCUAUCUGCUGCAGGCUGUAACCCCAUCACUCCACCCGGUGCAUGUUGCCCUGUGUGUGCCGGGAUGUUGCAGAUCCUCUGGAAUAAACAACAGAUGAACAUCUUUGCCAAACUGAACAGGAAUCAGCCGGUCACAGUGCACGACAUACUCAGUGUCCUACGUCUCCACAUCUCUGUUCCUCAGUGUGAUAUCUUCGGCUAUCUAAGCAUCGAUUCAGAGAUUGUGAUCCUCAUUAUACCUGUUGACCAGCAGCCCACACCGCUGCAGAUUGAAGCCUGCAGCAAAGAAGCCGAGAAGAUCGACUCUCUCAUUAACUCGGGUAGUCCCACGCUGGUGUCUCACGUCCCCCUGUCCGCCUUCCUGACCUCCGAGCUCCAACUGUCUACUGUUAACUCUGCUGCUCCCCCCAGCACCUCUUCCUUCAGUACGUCCACCUGUCUCUUUGUCUGUCUCCUCCUCACGUUCCUGCUGUCCUACCUAAACAACCUGAACUGUCGUUGCUGAGAAACCGCACCAACAAACCCCAUCCCCCCACACCAAUCCCCAACCACCCCCCACCCACCAUCGGACUGACCUUUGACUUUUCUUUGUCUUGGUCCUAGCCCCAGUCUGCAUAACCUUGACAAUCACAGAAACGCCAAGCCGAUGAGAACAAUCACUCGAAAGGAAAAAGUAUGACGGGACAAUGAAGUUGAGGAAUAGAUAAAGGACUUUUGAGCGGUGUUCCUGUCAAGAGUAAGCUGUAUCGAGUCAUGUCAAUCCUUUUUUUUAGAGAAAGCAGAAAGCAAGGAUGGAUAGAGUGUGAUCUCGGAAAUGAAUUUUCCAGCUCUGGUGCUCCUCUCUGCUGCCUUUUCUCUGCUGGUUGAAAGACCGGAGCAGAUACUUUUAACAUUAUAGUUCUCACACACCUCAAUUUAUAGCUAAGAACUGCAUAAAUGAAAAAGUCAAAGUGGAGGAAUGGAAGGGAUGGAGGGAAUCUUUCUUCAUUUCUGUUUGUGUAUAAUUUAAUAGACCUAAAAGGAGAAUCUAUAGCCAUCCUAAGCCUUUUUUUUUUUUAUACUGUGCGAUUUCAGCUGGCAUUUUUCAAUUAUCUGAGAAUGCGAUUGAAGCAAUUCUAUGUUCUGCAUUCCAAUUAGUCUAAUCCAGGACUUUUGUCUGUCAGUUAUCAUGGUUUGUUCAUGUCUCACCACUGCCGUUACCCAGUUUACGUCUGUGCAGUGAGUUUUGCAUCACCGUCCUCCUCCUGAUGGUUUUUAGUCGGCCAUUGUAGCAGACUUGCCACUCUCAAAACAAUCACACUUUUAGGAAAAUAACCACAAAUUUCUGACACUACCUGAACUUUGUAGUCUUCGAAAGCAGAUUUUAUAAUCAGCCUCCCAUAAACAUGCAAUAUUCAUCUAAAGGUGAAUUCAUACUUGCUUUUAUCUGUGUGUUGACAUACGCAAUAUGGCCGCCGCACAUAUCCUGCGGUCACCAGGACUGUUGCUUCCAAUAGGUCAGAAGAAAUGACCAGCAUGCCUCCACAUGGCAAAGAUGGUAUAAAAAAGCUGAGUUUCAUGCACCAGUCUUCCUUUCUUUGUUUUUAAAUAUUCCAAUAUGAGGUCAAAGUUUACAUUUUGACAGCAAUCAUGAUGAUGGCAGAAAGUUUCAACGGCGCUUGUCAGAGUGUCGACAAUCACUAGCAUUUAAAAAUGGGCGGUGUAUUGGCUAGUUCCAUCUAGUGGAUGUGGCUCAAUCCAUGUGUAUGUAAAGUACACAGGUUGGUGUAAAAGCGUCGCUUUGGUUCUGCUUUUGCCAAUUUUUUUUGCUUUGUCGGCCAAAAAUCGUACAGUGUAAAUCCGGCUUUACUGAAUAUGACAAUCAUAUCCACAAUUGGGUAAUCACAACAGUAUGCCUUGUUUAUAUAGAUUAUAUAUGUAAAGAUUUAUUAUAUGAAGUAUUCCAGGGGAAAAAAAAAAAACUAAGUAUGUUUUUAAAAAUAGCAAAAUGUUUAUUUUAAGACGUUUUCUGACUCACCGGUCAGAGCCACAAUGUGCCAUUUUUUUAAAUCUUAUUCUUGCAUGAUGACAAUUAUGAAGUGUUUUUACAGAAAGCUUUGUAUCGUUCUGUCCUGUCCUUUCCAUUCCUGUCCUGUCGGUGUCCAAAUACAUGUGCCUGUGUCAAAUGAAGGAUUUUAACAGUAUUAUCAUGCUUGGCAGCUUUGUAGCAUUUCCACUCAGUGGAGCAUUCUGCUUUUUUUAUGUUUGUGUGUUUGCAAUUCAACUGAUGUAUUUUUAUAAGAUAAUAAUAAAAAGUGUUCAUAUUGCCAUGUGUAAA